AAAACAUUGACUAGCCGCUAGCAAUAUCGAUAUUUUAUUUUUUCGCGCAAUAACAUUUGUUACAGCAUGUGACUUAUUGUAAAUAUGACAUAGGAUUUAUGAAACUACUACAGAAGCCCCAUUCCCUAUUAUUGUGUUUAGACAUAAUAACAGUGUCACGCAAUGCACCAUGGAAGUGGAUCACAGAAUAUGCAACGACAGCUCCAGAGAUCCAAGUCUGUCAGUGGGUCUGAAGCGGAGGAGCAGCAGCAGCAGCAGCCAAACAUGGCAGCUACGCAGCAGCAAGCUACAGUUAACCACCCUCAAUCUCCUGUGACCACAUUUUCCACUGCUGCCAGCCCUUCAGCCCCCCAGUCACCCAAUUAUCAGAUAAUCAUGAGUCGUAGCCCAGUCACUGGCCAGAAUAUGAACAUCACAUUACAAAAUGUGGGACAGAUGGUGACUGGUAACCAGCAGAUCACCCUAACCCCGCUUCCCAUCCAGAACCCAGCAUCCCCUGGCUUCCAGCAUACUACACCUCAGUGGAGGUUUGAGCAUGCUCCAUCCUCCUACAUCCAGGUCACCUCACCUGUGCCCCAGCCCAUGCAGCCCCAAAGUCCCACCCAGCACAGCCCAGUCCCUCUUCAAGGUGUUACAAGGCCAGGAGCACCUGCAACAGCUCUGGGUGUGUGUGGACAGAGUCCAACACGAUUUGUUGAAGCUGGUAUGUUAGUGCGACAAAUCAGUUUAGGCAGUCCAUCAGGAAGUGGCCACUUUGUUUACCAGGAGGGGACAGGACUGGCACAGAUUGCCCCAGCCACACCUGGCCAGGUACAGCUGGCUCCUGCAGGGGCACCAGGCUCUGUGAGGGAACGCCGGCUCUCUCAGCCUCACUCACAGACCGGAGGCACCAUCCACCACCUCGGACCUCAAAGUCCUGUGGCCACUGGCACUACCCUCCCUACUCUGGGCAGCCCUGGUCACAUCACCACUUCCAACCUACCUCCACAGAUCAGCAGUAUCAUUCAAGGACAGCUGGCACGCCCUAUGAUAUUUGAGAAGACGGCACAGAGUGUGGUUCCUGGUUCCACUGCCACAGCAACUUUCAGUAUACCCUCCUCCAUUCCACCAUCUAGCCCAUCUCUCACUAGUCCACCCCAAGGGAUUCCCAACAAUCCUCUUGCACCCACCAGCAUGGCUGUGGGCACUGUGAAGAAACAAGUUCUGAAGAAGUUAGAGGAAAUUGCUCCUUCUACUCCAGAGAUUGCCCAGCUGAGAAAACAGUGCUUGGAGCACCACAACAAGAAGAUGGAGAGUCUCAAGGAAGUGUUCAAAGAAUACCUGAUUGAGCUUUUCUUUCUGCAGCACCUCCAAGGGAACAUGAUGGACUAUCUAGCUUUUAAGAAGAAGCCCUGUGUUCCUUUGUAUACUUACUUGAGACAGAAUGACUUGGACCUCGAAGAUGAAGAGGAAGAAGAAGAACAGUCUGAGGUCAUUAAUGAUGAGGUAAAGGUUGUUACUGGAAAGGAUGGCCAAGCAGUGACACCAGUUGCCAUAGCAACACAGCUUCCUCCCAAUGUUUCUGCAGCAUUCUCUACCCAGCAGCAGUUUCAGGGACAUCAAGGGGCUGCUGCUGGCACCAUUACAAAUCCUGGAGACAUGGAUGCCUUUAAGAGGCAACAAGCUAUGGUGCAAGCAGGCGGGAUGCCGCCUACUCCUCAAGCAGUCCAGAUUGCAGGACAGAAGCAGAACCAGCAACAAUAUGACCCAUCCAAAGGACCUCCAGUGCAGAAUGCAGCCAGCCUGCACACCCCUCCUCCCCAGCUGCCUGGCAGGUUGCCCCAAGGUGCCCUCCCUAUGGCAGGCCUGCCCAUGACACUCUCUCAGCAGGCUCAGUUGGUGGAGAAUACAGCUCAGCCUGGUGGUCAGCUUCAGGCACAGGUGAAAGUGCAGGCAGGUGGGCCUGUCCUGGCUACAGUAAACCCCCACACACAGCUCCAGGCCCAACUACAGCAACAGAUGCAGCCAGGUCUUCAUCUUCAGUUGCAGCCUCAGCAGCAACAAUCCCAGGCUAUAUUACAGUCUGGACAAGCGACUGUGGCGCUUGCUCGCCCAGGUACAGAGUCGAACCAGCCAGUUCAGAGGAUUAUGACCAACUCAGUAACCAUGACAUCCAUGUCUUCUGCUCCCCUCUCUACUACCAACUCUGUUACAACCCCCCAUACUGCAAGUCCUCUCCGUCCUCUUGGCUCUAACAUCAAUCCGAGCACCCAGUCCAAACUGACUGGAACCAAUGGAAUAUCCACAGUCAAAAUUGGUGGUUUUGGUCAAAGUGCGACCAUGCAGUCCUCACAGGAGGGUUCUCAGGAUAAGCAAGUUGAGCAAGCCAAACUGGAGAGUCAAGUGCAUCAACGCAUCUCUGAACUAAGGAAGGAGGGCCAGUGGUCAGCCAGUAGACUCCCCAAGCUUGUGGAAGCCUCGCGUCCCAAGUCCCACUGGGACUACCUCCUGGAAGAGAUGCAGUGGAUGGCAGCUGACUUUGCCCAGGAGAGAAGGUGGAAAGAGGCUGCUGCUAAGAAGCUUGUUCGCACAUGUGCCCGUUACCAUCAAGAGCAGAAGAAAAGUGAAGAGAGGGCAAAGAAAGAAAGGGAAAUUCAUCUUCGUAACAUUGCCAGCACAAUUGCCCGGGAGGUGGAAUUCUUCUGGUCAAACAUUGAGCAGGUUGUGGAAAUUAAACUUCAGUUUGAAAUUUAUGAGAAGAGGCUCAAAGCACUCAGCUUACAAAAAGCCUCAGGCAAAGCACUUGGUCAGUCAACGGGAGAGAACGCUGAUAAAGAGGAGGCCACAUCAACAAGAAAAAGAAAAUCAAGUUUGUCCUUGGUUGAUGAAGAUGUCCCAGAUGAAGAGAGCACCAUAGAGGAACAGGAAGCCAUGGAGGGGGAAGCAGACCACAAAACAGAAUUGGUUGACCUUGCCAAAGAUGCUGAGAUGCCUCUAGAUGCUUUGAUGAAGCAGUAUGCUGGUGCCUAUGUUGACGGAUUUCAGUGGCCUAAGCCUAGUCCUAAUAGUGAUGAGGAUGACAUGGAAGAGACUGAAGAAAUGGAGACUCCUACUGGGAGUCCACCUGAAGCAGUGAUGAUUGACUCUCUGCUUACUGUGGACCAGUACCGUGGUGCUGACAAAACCACUUCCUGUGACGCUGAUGGGAAGCCUGCCAGAGACAUAGCUGAAGUGGCAGCUGCCACAGAGCUCAUCCUGCCCAAGGGCAGCUUCAGGACCACUUCCACAACCCGCAGCGCAGCUCCUUUUCUACUGCAUGGGUCGCUGCGAGAGUAUCAACAAAUUGGUGUGGACUGGCUGGUGAACCUUCACAAGAAACACCUCAAUGGCAUUCUGGCUGAUGAGACGGGUCUUGGCAAGACUGUACAGACAGUGGCUUACAUGGCCCACUUAGCUGGCCAAGAGGGUAUCUGGGGACCCCACCUUAUUGUAGUAAGGACAUCCAAGUUGCUAAGUUGGGAGGUGGAAUUCAAGCGCUGGUGCCCUGGCCUUAAGAUUCUCCUGUACCUUGGCAACAGAAGGGAGCGCAGAUCUAAGCGAAUGUGGUGGGGGGAAGCCAACAGCUUCCAUGUAUGUGUGACAUCCUACAAGCUGCUGAUGAAAGACCAGAGCCAUUUUCUUAGGAGAAGGUGGAGGCACCUGGUCCUGGAUGAAGUGCAGCUCAUAAAAAACAUGACUGAGAAACACUGGGAAACAGUCUUUGCCCUCAGAAGUGAGCAGAGGAUUCUCCUUAUCAACACUCCUCUACAGAAUACUCUAAAGGAGCUGUGGACCAUGAUCCACUUCCUUUUGCCAGGAAUCACCAGGCCCUACUCUGACUUUCCUGUUAAGGCAGGCACAGACCAGAACCAGGACUACUGCCACAAACUGGUCAUCCGCCUGCACAGGAUGAUCCAGCCUUUCAUCCUGAGACGCUCCAAAAGGGAUGUGGAAAAACAGCUGCCCAAGAAAUAUGAGCACAUCCUAAAGUGCCGUCUCUCCAGUAGACAGAAGAGCCUUUAUGAGGAUAUCCUCACUCAACCAGGAGCUCAGGAAGCACUGAAGACAGGCCAUUUUGUCAGUGUGCUUCAGGUCUUGAUGCAGUUACAGCGAGUAUGUAACCACCCUGAGCUGGUGGCGCCCAGAGAGACCAGCAGCUCCUACUUCUGCUCCUCUCUGCAAUACAAUGUCCCAUCACUGGUGCUGGGAGCUCUUCAGAAUGACCCGUCCAAGAUUGCAAACAUGUCCAUAUUUAAUCUGAUCAAUAAUGAGAACACACUGACUCGGUAUCAAACUGAAGAGGUGGUACCCAAACUGAAGGUCACUCAGCAGCUCAUAGAGGAGAUCUACACGGGUCCAGAUCCACCACCACGACCCAAACAAUGCCCGAUAAAACCCAUGAGAUUGUUCCAGCCAGUGCAGUAUGGGACAAAGCCAGAAGGUCGCCUGGCUGCCAUCACAAGCACAGCAGGCCAGCGUCCACCGAGCUCCCCUGCUACUACUAGUGCACCUGCAUCCACCACCAGCCAGUCAGCCCAGAGCAGGGGCAAGUCCCCUGUCACUACUGCAACUACUACAGCCACUUCUCAUGGUGGAGAUGUGGUGAAGAUUGCCCAGCUGGCCAAUAUAGCAGGCAGUCAGAAUCGUAUCUCGCAGCCAGAGACACCUGUCACUCUGCAGUUUCAGGGCAACAAGUUCACUUUGUCCCCCAGCCAGCUCCGCCAGCUCACAACUGGACAGCCCUUGCAGCUCCAAGGUACACUCGGAAACAUUCUGCAGAUUGUGUCAGCUCCAGGGCAGCAGAUCAUCAGGCCCCAGGGAUCCAUGGUAAUGCAAACAAUACCGCAAGCUGUUCCUGCCUCCAAUGCCUCAUCUUCACCUGGCACACCUCAUCCUGCCAUGACAACAGCCCAACAAGCAUCAGGUGUGACUACAAAUGCCACAUCAGCCCCCACCAAGCUUACUACUGCAGCUCAUGCUGGUUCUCAAGAGUCUUCAGAGGAAAAGACUCAGCAGCUGAAGGAGCGUUUGAGCCGCCUGUUUGAAGCAAAUGAGCGACGCUGCAGCCGCAGAGUGUUGUAUGGGUCAGACCUGCUGCAGGCAUGCACUUUGAGCUCAGAGCCUGGUCACUCUGCCCUGACAGCUGGAGGCUGGAGGUGGGUGGGCAGAGAGAGCUGCCUCAGGGCUCAGAGAACCUGUGUGGCUACCACCUCUACACUGCAGUCCACUCUGCUCUCUGUGGAAGACCGCCUAGAGGCUGCCAACAGCCUUAUCAAGAGGCUGGUAUGUGUGGUGCCUCCAGCUGUCGCACCACCUCCUCACCUGUAUGCAGCCAAUCCCCCUGUUCCCUACAGCCUUGAGCAGAAGUCUCUUCGUUGUCGGCUACAAGAGGCCUCUGCUCCCCACAGUGCUGACAUCCACCACUUGGCAUCCAGGCGUCUCUUACAUUUUCCUGACCUGAAGCUAAUGCAGAUGGACUCAGGCAAACUGGAAGCUCUUGCCAUUCUGUUGCAGAAGCUUAGGUCAGAGAGCCGCCGUGUCCUCAUCUUUACUCAGAUGGUGAAGAUGUUAGACAUCCUGGAGGCCUUCCUAGAUUACAGGAAGCUCACUUAUGUGCGGCUUGAUGAAAGCUUCACUGCUGAUGAACGACAGGAGAGUAUGAAGAAGUUUAACAGGAACAGGCAGGUGUUCUGCAGCAUCCUGACCAAUCGCUGCUGCUCCGCAGUUGGGACUGUGUUUGAUGCAGACACCAUCAUCUUCUAUGACACAGACCUCAAUCCCAGCAUGGAUGCCCGCACACAGGAGUGGUGUGACAAAAUUGGACGUUCCAAGGAUAUACACAUAUACAGGUUGGAGAGUGGGAACUCCAUUGAAGAGAAGUUGCUGAAGAACGGCACCAAGGACCUGAUCAGAGAGGUGGCUGCCCAGGGUACUGACUACACCUUGGCUUUCCUCACACAACGGACAAUCCAGGAUCUGUUUGAAGUGGAGGCAGGAUCAGGGGAGAAGGUCGAGGAGUUUGUGGUUCUUCACCAGGAGCCAUCGGCCUCUGAAGCCAUUUCUCCCAGAGUGGCCAGACCCUACAUUCAGGCUCUCCACAGUAUAAAUCUGGAUGCCCCACCAGAAGAGAAGGAGCAGCGGCAGCAGGAGGAUGAGGAGUUAGCAGGCAAAGAGUCAGCAGAAAACAACCAGGAGUCAGAGAGCCAAACUAAAGAAGAGCCUGCUCAGAUAGAGGAGCUUAAUGCUGUCAUGGAACAGCUCACACCAAUCGAAAGGUAUGCCCUGCAUUACCUUGAGUACCUCCACAUCAGUGAUGAUGAAACUGCUCUCAAAGAGCGGUUGGAGUGCUCUAAGAGAGGCUGGGAGCUGCAGCAGCUGCAGAAGCUGAAGGAGGAGGAGGAGGAGCGGCAGAUUAUGGAGGGAGAUGAAGAUCUCUUCACCUACACAAGAGAGGAUGCCUACAACAUGGAGUAUGUAUUUGAUGCAGAGGAUGGCCAUACAGAAAUCAUGCCGCUUUGGACUCCUCCCACACCACCACAGGAUGACAAUGACAUUUACAUCGACUCUGUAAUGAUGCUGAUGUAUGACACCACACCAAUGCCAGAGUCCAAGCUGCCCCCUAUUUAUAUCCGCAAGGAGCACAAGAGACUCAAGAUGGACCCCUCAUCAGCAGCCAGAAAGAAGAAGAAGGGCCAUGGGGAGACAGUCAUUCCUCCACGCUCCCUUUUCGAAAAGGCCAGCAUGUUGAAAGUUCGACGCGAGGGCAAGGACCAGAAAAAGAACUUCUCCCUCAAGCAGCAGGCACCCUUUGCCAAACCCUUACCCUCGCUGGUUAAACCUGCCAUGGAGGCCGGUCAGGACAACCCAGAGUGGCUCAUCAGUGAGGACUGGGCUCUGCUUCAGGCUGUAAAGCAGCUGCUUGAGUUGCCGCUGAACCUGACAAUUGUGUCCCCUGCUCACACUCCUAACUGGGAUCUGGUGAGUGAUGUGGUGAACUCCUGCAGCCGCAUCUAUCGCUCGCCCAAACAGUGUCGCAACCGCUACGAGAAUGUGAUCAUUCCCAGAGAGGAGGGCAAGUUGGUAUACGAGGCAAACCCCAAGAAGAAAACUAAGAGUAUAUACAAGUCUAAGAACAGUCGUCCUCUAAGGACCUGUCAGAUCUACACACAGGAUGACAAUGCCACUCAUAUUCAGCUGUACAACAGCCGCUUUGAACUCAUGAAGAUCAUCGCCAGCAAGAGGAGCCCACCAAUCAAACCGUUGCUCGGCAUGAAUCCAUUCCAGAAGAAUCCUAAACAUGCAUCAGUCUUGGCAGAAAGUGGGAUCAGCUAUGACAAGCCCCUACCUCCCAUUCAGGUGGCAUCUCAGCGUGCUGAAAGGAUUGCCAAGGAGAAAAAGGCCCUUGCAGAGCAGCAGAAGGCUCAGCAGUUGGCCCAGCAGCAGCAGACCGGAGCUCCCCAGACCCAGGCUACACCCGGCCAGGCCCAGGCUCCUGCUGCAGCUCAGGCUCAAGUCCCUCAGGCUGCUGCUGUGGCUGGAGCUGCUGCCGUGCCUAAUGCAGCUGUUCUGGCUGGAGCUAUAAAAAAUGUCACUGUGGGCACAACCAUCCAGGCUGCCGCUGUCGGGGGGAAUGUGAUUGUGAACACAGUGGCUGGAGUUCCUCCAAGUCCCUUCCAGGCCAACAAACGCCUGGCAUCUUCAGUCAUACCAGGCACCCUGUCUCCUGCAGGUGCAGCUGGAGCUGUGGUUCAUGCACAACAGAGGGCCGUUACGGCUGCUGCUGCCCCUGCUGAAGUGGUCGCAAUAGCUACAGGGCAGGGUGUUCGAGCUGUUACCCCAGUGACGGCAUCUGCAGUAGUUUCUACCACCCUGAGCCCAGUGCAAUCACAGACUCGCCCACUGGUCACUCAGGUCACACCAGCCACAGGUAUGCAAUUGCCACAAGGAAAGCCUCUCACUCCGGCCCACCUACAGAUGCUCCGACAGCAACAGCUGCAGCAGCACCAACAACAGCAGCAGCAACAACAGCAACAGCAGGCUGCUUCCUCACAGAUCAAAGCUGGACCCAAAUCCCAGGAGUUGUUGAAGAUGCACAAGCAUAAGUUGCAGCUGCAGCAGCAGCAGCAGCAGGUAGCUGCAGCAGUUGCAGCAGUAGCUCAGGGCCAACAGGCUGCAGGGGCCCAGCAGGCCGCCCAGGUGCAGCCUGCACAGGCCGCUCAGGCCAAUCCACAACUAGCAGCUGUGGCAGCAACCAGACCUGGAGCUGUGCUGACCGGCACCACUGUGCAGGUGGCCAGACUGACUCGAAUGCCCACUCAGGGCCAGAUUCAGGCCCAAGCAGGACAGACAGCCCAGGUGACCCUCACCAAGCCUCCUGUGGUCUCUGUGCCAGCUGUGGUCUCAUCAGCUGGUGUCACUACACUGCCAGUCACCGUAGCAGGCAUUAGUAUGGCUCUUAGUCAGGCCCAGAAAACAGGCGGGCCUGUGCUGACGCCAUCCUUCCCACAGAUGCAGGUCCAGCAGCUUCUUCAGAUGAAGAAGCAGCAGCAGCAACAGGCAGCAGUUCAGGCAGCAGCCGCAGCCCAGCAGAAAGCAGGGCAGCCACAGCAAGGACAGACCACUGUACAGCAGAAGAUCGGGACCCAGCAGGUGACAGUGCAAGCAGCCCAGCCAGCCCAGCCGCAGCAGCAGAAGAUGACCUACACUACCACCACCCAACUCCAACCAGGGAUCAAGACCCAGUUCUUUACUACAUCCAUCCCCCAGGCUCAGAAACCCACGGGAACCCAACAAAUCCCGGUGGCUAAGCACACACAAAUAGUGCAGCAACAACCAACCGUGGGCAAUAUGCAACAAAUCGUGUCUUCACAGAUCCAGGCCCAGCCUCAGACUGUGACUCUGACGCAGGCAGCCACAUCAGCUCCUGCUCAGGUGCAGAUGAUUCCCACUGGGACGGCAACAGCCCAGGUCCAGGUCCAGCAGAAGAUCAUCCAGCAGCAGGUGGUGACUGCUGCCGCCUCACCCCAGAUCCAGACGCCGCCUCCUCACAGCCCCGCCCAGCAGCCAGCGGCACCCUCUGCUGCCGAGUCCCCAGUGCAGCAGCCCGCUCAGCCCCAGCAGCCCACCAAGGGUCAAGCUCGCCAGGGGGGUAUCAGGGCCAAAACUCCUGCCAAGCCCAGUGGAGGCAACAGCUAGGAGAGCCACACUAAUGAAACUGGAUUAAGGAAAGUGUUUUCCUGCAGUACCGAUGUAACAGUAAAGUUGUGCUGAAGCAUUCUUAUGGAUCCCACAACAGCUGAGGGCAGAGCCAGACAUCCUGCCACAUUCUUAACCACACCAAACCUUUCAUCUUUACCUGAGCAUAACUCAACAUAACACAUUUGACCAUUUUCGGUUCUCAUAGCUAAACUGUUUUGGCAGAUCAGUCACUGCACCUCUGCCAAUAAUUCUGGUGAGAUCUAUAAUUUUUCAUUAAUGAAUCAACAAUGCUACUUCGGUUGUUAAUUUGAUUCAUGAAAUGUGGAAUGCUUCUUCAAAUUACCACAACUAAAAAAAAUUCCCCAUAGCUACUGUGGCUACCAAUCCAACAAAUGACAGACACAACAUGCCCUCAAAGUGAUGAUUAUUAUUUUACUCAACAGAUGAGGCUGAGGCUUAUGGGUUGUUCUGCAUUGGGGAAUGAGCUGUCCAUUAGAAUAAGUGUAUUCAUCAAUAGUCCCUUUUAUGUCUAAUUCCCUUGUUGUCUAUAGAUACUGAAUGGAGAAUAAUGCACGUUCCUUUAGUCAUUUGUUUUUUAUUGCAGCAAAUACACUGUAAACAUGUACUUUAGUAUUUUGUGUUUUCUCAUAAAUUGUCUUUUUUUAUUGAUGUCAAAGAAAAAAAACUGUAAAUAUCAACAAAAACAUUUGUACUUGUAAAGUAGUCGUGUUUUCAUUGGGUUUUUUCAGCCUAAUUGUA